GAUGGCAACCGGAAGUGCAGAAAGUUGCACCGAAUGGCUAGCUUCAGACCACGGCGCGUAGAAAAUAAAUUUCUAUAGUCCGUAGCGCGAGAGUCGCUCUUCUGCAGUGCGUUCUGCUAGGCGCAUGUAAACAGCUGUGCAUAAAUCCUCGCAGUGUACGCGUACUUGUUGCUCAAACCCCUUCUCGUGCUGCUAAUAGUUGUAAUAGUGUAGUGUUGUAAAAUGUGCGAACAAAAGCAGGGAUUCCAGCAGUUGUGGAUGUACGGGAGAUGCUACUGUUUUGUAAAUUGCCAAGUUUUAAAAUGUAUGCUGCAGCAGUCAAGCUCAUUGCUUCAGAUGUUCUGGACCAUCGCUGUACUUAUUCUCUUGUACAGAAGCUAUUGCACACUUGAACAAAACUGGCGAGUGAACAGUCUGCCUUUCACACAGAGCUCCAAAAUCAAGAUGUUAGGUUAGGAUGGAUUUAAUAUUUGCAACGGUUGAGGUGAUGACUGAGAAGAGUUUAUCGAUUAUGUUGUGACUGCCAAAGUUUCAUUAGACGUGCAACCUGAUGCCAUUCCUGGUGUCACAGAGACUUCAUGCGAGACCAGAAUCCAGAAAAAAAUAAUGUUGGAUUAGUCAUUCAUCAGUAAAACUCGUGUAUGCACCUACCCUCUCUGACUCUGUUGAAAAAAUUUGGUCUGGAAAUCCAAUUAUUAUACGCAUAAAAUGGUUCACCACUGCCUUGAAUCGCUCAUUAAUGAGAUGGGGCAUGAGUUGUUCAAAAUUCUGGUCACUCUGGUACAAUGCAGGAAUGGUCUCAACAAUUCUACUAUUUCCAAUAUCGAUAGUAGUCAUUUUAAAAGUGACACUUAACAUUUGGCUGUACAAUUCAGCAUCGCCAAAUGAAAAGAAAGAACAAGUAUUGGAACUUAUGGUUCCAGGAGUUGACAUUCCUUACAAUGAGAUGGGAUACUACGUGCUCUCAUUAAUAUUAUGCAGUGCUGUGCAUGAGAUGGGACGUGCUAUGGCAGCAGUUAGAGAAGAUGUACGCUGAUUUUUCUUGACAAAUGCUGGUGUCUUCAUCAAAGAUAUCUCACUGGACCUUCUGGACUUUUAACAGGAUAUGUAGUACACAGAAUUCAUUACUGUUACGUAAAGAAUUCAACAAAUUGGAGAACGUGUAUUCUGCAAGCAAUUCAGGCUACUGUGUAACGGAUAAGAUGGUGCAGGAAUUAGAUAAAUCUUUUCUGGCUCCUGACAAAAACAAUGGAGUCCAUAACUGCUGUGAUCAGCACAAUGUAGAAAAGGGAUAUUUAUGUUUUGAGCAUUUAGAAGGGUUUGACAUUCAGGCUCUCAAAGCUGCCAUGCACUUUUGCCUUCCUACUCGAGCAAUUGUACAAAGCUUCCAUAAUUUGUGUCAAAACAAUGACUUGUAUGUUAAGACCUGUGUUGGACAACAAAGAUUGUAUAAAUUUUCCAGAGGCCUUCAUUUUACUCUGCAAGUAAGACUCCCUUAAGAAGCAAGAUACAGCAUCAGAGUGCACGCUCAAUGAUUACUUUGGCCAUAACAACCACAUUUACAUUGCUCCUUGGGUUUAAUUUGAUAAAUAUGUACCUGCAUAAAAUGUAGACUAUGUGACUUAUUAUACAGUUAUUGUGAUGUAUAAGCUAGGGCAACUAUAUAAAAAUGUACAGAUAUUUACUGCUGAUGAAUUUAUAAAUAUAAAAACAGGAAAAUAAAUAUAAGAGGAUAUACAUACACAUAACAAAUAUUGUGACUCUUA